GCCGGUUUUUCUUCGGGUGAUGAUGUACUAUCAAAGAAGGGACCCAAAUCAGGCGUUCAGAGAGACAUGAAAACUGGUUAUUUGAAGUCCAAUCGCCCGUUGAUUAUGUGCUUCAUUCCAACUUACAAGGAAUCACUGGACUCAAAAGCGUUUGCUGUUCGAGCCACAUGGGGCCGAAGGUGUGACCGAAUGAUUUUUGCUGCCGACGAAGUGAACAAGACAUUCCCAACAAUCAAAAUGGGCUACCCUGGUCGCAAGAUGCUCUGGGCUAAAGUGAGAGACACUUUCGAAUACUUCUACGACAACUAUCUUGACCAGUACGACUGGUUCUACAAGGGAGACGACAACACUUAUGUCAUAGUUGAGAAUUUGAGAUCAUUCCUCGCUAAGUAUGACCCGGACAAGCCAUGGUUCUUCGGCCAUAGAUUCAAGGCUUUCCUGGUGGAGGGGUACAACAGUGGUGGUCCUGGCUAUGUCCUCAGCAGAGGAGCUUUGAGACUCCUGGGUCCCACACUUAAAAUGAAGACAAUCAACUCCACCUGCAUGCCUGGAAACCAGACUGGCACAUACAGGGGCGAGGACUUCAGAAUGGGAGAGUGUUUGGAAAAAGUGGGCGUGGUGCCGUCUCGAACCCUGGACGAAAAGGGGCGUGAACUCUUCCACGUGUUCAAUCCUGACGGCGAAUUGACAGCUAUCAAAAACACAGAGUGGUAUCACUUUUUCAAUUACUACACACACAAAUCGGGUUUCGACUGUUGUUCGGAGAAUUCGAUCAGUUUUCACUAUGUGGGACCACAGUACAUGUAUGCCAUGGAAUACAUCCUGUACCAUCUACAACCACACGUACUACAAGUGCAACAAAACAUGCAAUCUUGA